AUGGGACGUGAUCAGGAUCAAUGGCACGCAGAUCUCGAUAGAAUCACGACUUCGCUCGACCGACUAGCUCUAGACACCGACGAGGAGGGCAGGUCGGCGGUUCUGGACAGGCUAAAGCGUCCAACCGACCUCUUUUUGAGGAAAAGGAGCUGGUCCUUCUUCACUCUGACCACUCAAGAGGAUCGCCUGAAUGCUUUAAUCAAGGGCCAUCCCGAUAGAGCUGUUGCGCUCCUGGCUUGCGCCCAUGCGCUCUCCCGACCGACCAUACGUUCCGUGCUUGCCACUCCCAUCGAGCUGAACUUUGACCUCGACGACGACGCUUGUGCCUCGAAGUACUUGGGGCUCAUCGCUUCGGUACACUAUAUCAACAAUAGCGCCGUGUCCCAAGCUGAAGCGAAGCGCGCGCAGGCCCUGGUUCUGAUGCUGGAGAAGAAGUCCAGCUCCUUUCUACGCCAUGUGCGGGACUUCUUUUCGGUGGCGGAUCCAGGUCUACUGUACGACUUGUUUCCACCGAACACUCUAGAUGCACUCCUGAGUCGCCUGUUUAGGAUAUUCGCUGCCCAGGUGGAAGGCCUGAGAUAUCGGUGCGACUGGGCAGGCGCUCACAGAGCCGUCAGCAAGCUGCCCAGCAUGUUUGGUAUCUUUCCAACACUAGACACGCUACUCAGGAGCAGUCUCAGAAACGUGCGAGCCUGGUGUCUGUGGCGGCCUGUCCAUAGUCGCAUCUUCGGCCAGGAAAAGCUCAGCGUGGAGCAGAGAACAAAGCUUCGCGAUGUCCUCCUUUUGAACGGCCCAGAUCUUGUGUAUGCAAGGCAUCGUUCAGCUCUCGAGGCAUUGUUAAGUCACGCACGAAGACACCGCAAGGCCUUCGUCUGUCACGGCCGGUUUUUCGCAUGGCUGAGCACCGACGCCAGCAUGGACAGCCGCACUUUCCUGGAUGGCGUCCUGAACUUUCCUUCAGGCUCGCGUUUGUCCAUGGCUGGAGCGGUGGACACCUUCGUGUUCCUCUGCCUGCGCAACGAGGUUAGCCUCAACACACUACGCAUUCUAGAGGAGGCUGCAGCACUGAAGGAAGCUCGGGUGUACAAAUUGCUCUCUGACAUCUUCUAUUCGUCUACGAGCACGGUACGAACGACUGCGGUAACGCACUUGUUGACAACGGUGCAUGCCAGCGGCAACCACACCCUCAUCAACUGCCUGAACGGCUACAUCAGAGACAUCAUUCAAGAGGACCUCAGCGACAUGCAGAUGAGGCUUCACGAUCUUAUGCAAAUGAGCCUUUUUGAUCGCAACCCUCACCCCACUGCCCUCCAAUUGCAAGCCCUUGGCCAGACGAUAACCAACGUACCUAGCCUACUGAGCACCCUCGAUCACCAGACACGGUUACUGCUGGGCAACUGGCCGUCAGCGGUCGAGAUCGAAGGCGUGUUCGCGCUUCGUGCCGAAGUCGUGAGAGGGACAGUGGGCACUGCUCUCGAGACACAACUGGAUCAACACUGCUUGAUCCGCCUUACCGGUCGUGGCACACUUGAUCAUGUCUCGCAGGACGUUAUAGUGGAGCUACUGUGGCACUGGCAAGAGCGGCCUCACAUACCACGGCGAAGACUUGCCUUGUCGAUCGUGUCAUCUUCGACUCUCCCACCGUCACUACGGAGCCAGUGUCUGGUGCUGAUUCGGGUCAUGGAAGACGACCAUUUGAGAGACCUCGACACCAUCAUAUCCAGCGGCACCGAAAAGGCAUGCACGCACCUCGCCAAGGUGAUCUCCUCACGGCGAUUCGAGCAAUAUGACCAACGAGAAUUCUGGAAAAGUGUCUUGCUGUCCAUGAUGGACCAAUGGAAGGGCACGUUGCUGCUUCACACCGCCACUCACACGGACGUCAAGACUUGGUUUCAAUGGCUCUGUCAUCUGAGAGAGAUCUUCGACAUUAGUGAAAGGUCUGCCAAUGGUGGACAUCCGAUGCUCCAGCAGGAAUUGCAUUCCUGGUCACUUGUUCUUCAGUUGACGUAUCUCGAAGUCUUGCUCCAGUUGGAGAACGACCCAAGGACAGCUCUGCUGGUGAGAUCGAUUCUGAAAGAUUGGCAGUAUGAGGAGUCGAUUCGAAGAGUCUUGGAUUCCUUUGUUACUAGCAGUGGACGUGACCCUCCCCAGCCUCUUCUCCUGGCUAUCGAGGCGCUGUCCAGUCAAACCAUGCGUGCUCGAGGAUGGACUGCCCUCGCGGCAUUGGCUGAACCAGAUUAUUUGCGAUCAACAGUACGGAGUAGUCUGCUGUAA